CCCUUUGAUUUAGAUUAGAAAGAAGGCAAAAGAGUUCUAGCCUCGCUUCCUUCCCAAAGCGCCCUUUUCCCCCCAUUUCUUUUUUCUUUUUUUGCAAGCGAAGCGAAGGCGGCGGAGGCGGCGGAAAAAAAGCAGCCAAGAGGUUGCCUUGCACCGGGGGUUUCUUGUUUUUGCAACGCGGCUGCUGCUGCUGCUUUCACGAACGGCGAAGGAUGAGGUUCAGCGCGAUAGCGGGGCUGAGCGCCUUGUUGGUCUUUGGCUUCCAAGCCGUCUUCGCGCAACCAAUGGACAUCAGUCUACCCCCUGAAGACCAGGAUUCAUCUGGAGAUGACGAUGACUCAUUUUCUGGUUUAUCAUCGGGUGCAG